CAGCCCGGCCCAGUACUGUACAAACACAGGCCACAAGCCCACACAAAGCCUAGCCUAGUCUCCCACUAUCCUUCCUUUCCUUUGCCGCCGCCGCCGCCGCCGACGGAUGGACGAGGCGCCGGUGGUGAUGGGCGCGUACGGUGGCCCGGCUCGCCGCGUGGAGAGCGGGGCGUCGGAGACGAUGCUACUCUGGGGACUGCUCCAGCCGGCGUCGCACCGCCAGAACGCCUUCGCGCGGCAGGGCUUGCCCACCUUCCCCAUCGACGCGUGCGGCCGCCGCCUCUCCCUCCACCAGCAGCCGUCCUCCUUCCGGGGAGCCUCCGGCGUCACGGGCGCAGUGGUGUGGGACAGCGGCGUCGUGCUCGCCAAGUUCCUCGAGCACGCGGCCGACAGCGGCCUCCUGCCGGUGCUCAGGGGCGCGCGCGCCGUGGACCUCGGCGCCGGGUGCGGGCUCGUGUCCGUCGUGGCGGCGCUGCUCGGCGCGCGGGUGGUGGCCACCGACCUGCCCGACCGCGUCCGGCUGCUGCGCAAGAACCUCGAGGAGAACGUCGGGGAUGGGGAUGGCGGGUCGGCGACGGUGGCGGAGCUGGUGUGGGGCGACGAGUACGAGCUGGACCCGGCGCCGGAGCUGGUGCUGGGGUCGGACGUGGUGUACAGCGAGGAGGCCGUGGGCGACCUGGUGGCGACGCUCACCCGGCUCGCCGGGCCGGGCACCACCGUGCUGCUCGCCGGAGAGCUACGCAACGACGUGGUGGUGGAGUGCUUCUUGGAGGCAGCCAUGGCAGCGGGGUUCGAGAUCGGGUGCGUGGAGCAGGACCAGUGGCACCCCGACUUCCGCACCAACCGCGUCGCCGUCUUCAUCCUCGUCAACAAGACGCCGCAUCGCCAUCGCCAUACCUGAAUGCGAAUCACCAGCCUCUGUCUCUGUCAGUGCAGUCUGCAGACUCAUUCUUGUAACAUUAUUCAGCAUAGAUUUCGUGGGUAAUUUUUGGACCUUGGCUUGAUUAAGGUGGAUGGGGUAGGCAUUAUUCAGCAUAGCUCUGAGUUGUACCUGCCCCUAUCGUGGCUUGGACGAGCACUCGAAGCACCAACUAGUUUUGGCGGAUGUAUGUUUUGAUUUGCAUUUCAUAGCUUCAUUUGAGGAUAGUUUUAAUCGGA